AUGGGUUUUAAAACAUUAGAAAAAAUUAAUCAAGAGCUUAUUAAUAAUUCAAAAAAAUAUCAUGGAGUAUCUAAAUCAGAUAUUAGAUAUCAAGAAUGUUUGACUAUAUUACAUGUUCUUGGAAAAUACUCUGGUUGUAUUCCAGAGCAUAGUGGUCAAAUAAUUCUACAAAUGUUUAAAUUUUCCAAUGAUUCAAUUCGAUAUCAUCUUCUUUUAAAUUAUGUGUUGAAAAUAAUCAAGUCUGAUGAAUUUUGUUUAAAUGAAAUAGAUGAAAAUAAUGAUGAUGCAUUUGAAAGACGAGUAGAUAAAUUACAAGAUAUUAUUGAAUUUAUUAAUCAUAUUCAAAAAUCUUUCAAGUUAUUGUCAAUUAAUGACAUGCCAAAAUCUGUUAAAGUAAAUCAAUCAUUGAUAAAUGAUCCUUGGAUUAAGAUUUAUAAUAUGUGUCAAACGGACGAAGAAAGAAAUAGACUUAUUCAAGAAUCAUACUUAGAAUUAAGAAUUGCAUUAAGUCUUGCAAAAUUACGUAAAAAUUUUCUCUACAAGAUCACUAGCGAAGAUAAUGAAAGAACCCAUCAAAUAUCUUACCUUGAAAAAAGGUUUAAAGAUAAUCUUGGACUUGUAUACUUUCAAAAUAUCAAUUAUGAUGAUUCAAAAGUUCUAAAUCGUUAUAAAAAUAUUAGUUCAGAUUUUAUUUUAGAUAAAAUUAUAAUAGAUGGUUAUCUUCAAUAUGGGAUAUUUAAAGAAGAAAAAUAUGGUAGUUGUGAUGUAUUAAUUCAACAUGUGAUUAAAGAUUUAAAUGAUUCAUAUAAUAUUAUUACAGAUAAAUAUUUUGAAAAAAAUAAGAUAGAUAUACAUUCUCUAGAAAGUAUAAAAACUUUAUUGUAUUCGUUAAGUUAUAUUAAAGAUGACACAGAAUAA